CAGAGUGGAAGCUGAGCGGGUAGCGGCAGCAUGAGCCCCAAGAAGGCGGUGGCGGCAGCGCUGGGCGUGCUGUGCCUGGUGGCUGUGGUGGGACUCAUCCUCCUUUUUGUGUCCACCAAGGACGUACCGGAGCCGCCCGACUUCAAGUAUGGGAUCGUAUUGGAUGCGGGGUCUUCCCACACGGCCAUGUUUGUCUACAAAUGGCUGUCCAACAAGGAGAACGAAACUGGGAUUGUCAGCCAGCACAGCGACUGCCACGUGAAGGGAGGCGGUAUCUCCAGCUACAUCAAUAAAACAUCGGAAGCCGGGGAGAGCUUGGUGCUCUGCCUUGACCAGGCCCUGAAGGAUGUCCCGAAGGUGAGGCAUGGCAUCACUCCCCUCUACUUGGGCGCCACGGCUGGCAUGCGGCUGCUAAACAUUUCUAAACCUCAGGUUUCAGACAGUAUCCUUGAAGCUGUGACCUCCACACUGAAGAAAUACCCCUUUGACUUCCGGGGAGCAAGGAUCCUGAGUGGGGAGGAUGAGGGCUUGUUCGGGUGGGUCACCGCUAACUACCUCCUGGAGAACUUCGUCAAGUACGGGUGGAUCGGGCGCUGGAUCCGCCCCAUGAAGAGCACGGUGGGGGCCAUGGACCUGGGCGGGGCCUCCACCCAGAUCACCUUCGAGACCACGGCAGCCAUCGAGAGCCCUGGCAACCAGGUGACCCUGAAGCUGUACGGGCACCAGUACAAAGUCUACACACACAGCUUCCUCUGCUACGGCAUAAACGAGAUCUACACCAGGCUGACCUCCAAGAUCCUGAAGGCUAAAGCUUACGCCCUCCGACUGGAGAACCCCUGCUGGCCACGGGGAUUUGAGCGCAGCUUUCCCAUGGAGAGCAUCUACGAGUCACCCUGCACCACCUCCGAGAAGCCCCCCAACAGCAAACUCAAUGACAUGGUGAACAUGAGGGGCUCUGGAGACCCCGCCCAGUGCUUGGCACAUGCAGAGAGCCUCUUCCGGUUCACAAACUGCUCUUAUUCCAGCUGCUCCUUUGACGGGGUCUUCCAGCCGCCCAUGGAGGGAAACUUCAUCGCCUUCUCGUCAUUUUUCCACACGGUGGAUUUCCUCCGGUCAGUGAUGAAAAGACAGGUAGCCACUCCAAAUGACCUCAGAGAAGGCGCGGAGGCCAUCUGUACCACCCCCUGGAGUGAGCUGCUCAAGAAGGGGCCGAAACUGGAGCCCUUUUUGCAGAACUACUGUUCGAUGGCCACCUUCGUCUCGCUGCUGCUCACCCGGGGCUACCACUUCAACAACUCCACCUUCCCCGACAUAGCCUUCCAGCAGAAGGCCGGGGACACGACUGUCGGCUGGGCCUUGGGCUACAUGCUGAACCUGACCAACAUGAUCCCGGCGGAAGAGCCUGGCUUCCGGAAGGGCAUCAGCUUCAUCCCCUGGGUUGGCCUCAUCUUCCUCUUCAUCGCCAUCCUUCUGGGCAGCUUGGUCAGCAUCUUCUGCCUGCUGAAGUCCUCCAAGGACCGAGGGGGGGUGUAGGCCAGCUCUCCCCUGGUCUUGCACUGGGGGCUCCAGCCUUUUUGCCAAAACUCAGGAAGGAAGAAAUGGGGACAAAUGGAAGAGCCAACGCUUCACGGAGAUGCUGCUUUGGAUUUGACCUUCUUGCAGACAGCAUACACAGCUCAGCCACUCUCCCGCCUCCUUUUUCCUUCCUGGAGGGCCACCAGCCCCCUCCCUUCAAGAAAAAUGUGCUGCCAUUUGCAAGGAAAGCUUCUGGAGACUUCCAGGCCUCCCCUUCUUCCUGCUUCAUGGAUACUCAGGAAUUUCUUGCCCAUCUUAAACCCCUCGACUGAACAAGACGCUGCCCCCACCCCAGGACAAAGGACCCUGGGAGGAAAUGUCAUGGGCAACCCCAGGGCCUUAGUGUCUCUCAACAGGCAUCAGCCGCCUUCAAAAACCGGGGGUCCCUGGAGGAGGAGCCAAUGUCCCUAUGAUACGGACAUGCAGUCUCGAUGGCCUGAGACUGCAGCUGACACUUUUGCCACUUGGGGGUCCAAUCAGACCUAAACUGUCCCGAAGAGAAGACCACGUCUUGCUGAUAUAAGGGACAAUGCAAAUCUCUGGUUGAUACAAGAGAAGGACUUCAAGCUGGCGACAAAAGGCAGCCUAGCUGAUGAAGUGGGGAUGGCUAUGGAACGGAAGGAAACAAAAGGAGAAAGUGUGAUCAUCUGGUGAAUCCUUUCUGUUUUGAAAAAAAACCUGCCCAAAAGAAUCUCUUUUUUAUGCUAAACUAAAUCCUUAAGCAGAAGCAGCGGAACUGAUCUUCAUUGUUUUGUUUUGGUUAAUAUGCUUUUCUUCUUGUAACUAUUGAAAUGCUCCUCACAAUUUUUUUUCUCUCUCCCCCCUCUGCUUAAAGUGAAUGGUUUUUCUUCUUCGGCUCCUUCCUGCUUUAUUUUUCAACUUAAGGACUAAAAUCUCCUCUCUACGCUAACAAAAAUCAUCUAUUAUUUGCUAUUAAACUCCAUUUAAGAACUUUGUCCCUCCUAAAUCUGAGACAACACAAGAAAGUGAAAAAUACUGAUUCUGCUGCUCGAAAGCUACAGGCUAGAGCUUUUUUUUGAAACCACACAUUUGUUCCUGUUUCUCCUUUGAUCUCACAGUCUUCGUGCUUCAAAGCUCUGUAACUAAAAGUGAUAAGAGCCAAGGGCACAAAUUGUUUACCACAGCUGUCUCUUGAGAGCUCUAUUGGCACUGGGAGAGGGCAAAAAAUGGAACCUCUGUCUUUUGAAGAUUAAAGCUACAGUGGCAGUAAUUUACAAUUUGGAACAUGGAGCAAUUUACAGAAGAGGAAACUUUCAUUUUGCAAAAGAUUUGGGAUGCAAUUCAAAAGUUAUUGGUAACUUGGAGAAUUGACAAGAAGAUAGAGUUUAUACC